AUGCAGAAUGAUACCGCGAAUUUUGCAGCGGCUCAUUCACUUGAGUGUUUUUAUCAGAACGUUAGAGGCCUUAGGUCCAAGACACAUGAUAUUUUUGAUUCCAUUGUUCAAAGUGAAUAUGACAUAAUAUGUUUAUCGGAGACCUGGCUAUCGUCUGAUAUUCUGGACUCCGAGAUAUGUGAUGAUAGGUAUGUUCUAUAUAGAAAUGAUCGCAACUUUGACCUCACAAGUAAGUCGAGAGGGGGUGGAGUAUUGAUCGCAGUGAGAUCGAGUUUGAUGGCUUGUUCCAUCAAUCUAGAUUCUAUAAAAGAGUCAUUUCCCAAUGUAAAUAUAAUGGGUUUGAGAAUUGGUCUCCGGGGCUCUCACUUUUACAUUUUGACCCUUUAUAUUCCACCAAAUACUGCAUCUGAUCAGUACGAGGAUGUUCUUGAGGCAAUUUCGGUGCUACCAUGUUUACUUGAUGAAAACGCUAACCUAAUCAUUGUAGGAGAUUUCAAUAUACCGGAUUAUGUCACCCACAGAGAAACUACUUUGCACAAUGUCAGAGUCGAGGUCAUUGAGAAUUUCUUGAACUUUUUCGGGUUAACACAGAGUAAUGAGGAUUUGAAUGCCAACCAAAGGUUAUUAGAUCUUGUUUGCAGUAAAUGUCCUAUUGUAGUGAGGGAAUCUCUGUUUCCUCUCGUCUCCAUAGAUGCGCAUCAUCCACCUUUGGAAUUUUCUGUAGCUUCAAGCGGUAAACCGAACAAGUUUCAGAAGGUAAGUUUUGAGGGUUACAAUUUCAGAAGAGCUAAUUUAUCGCGCCUUUAUGACAUGCUCCUAACCACAAACUGGGAUUUUUUGGAAGAAUUCGGGGACAUUAAUCUGGCUUGUGACGCUUUUUAUAAUGUGCUGCAGCGUGUAUUCUCGGAAUGUGUACCCAGGUUGUCUGAGAGAAAGACCUCUUACCCGCCUUGGUUCACAGGUGAUAUUAUUGGUAGGCUCAAAGUAAAAAAUAAAUAUCUGCGCAAAUACAAGUCAACCGGUGAUAGUCAAUUCUUGGAUAUGUUCAGGGAUCUCCGCAAGAAUUUGAGGACUGAAAUUGCUGGCGCACGAACCGAUUUCAUUCAUAGGGCUGAAGCCGAUUUAUCUGGAAAUCCGAGUAAGUUUUGGGGUUAUUUGAACACCAUGAGGGGCAAUUCGUCUGUUCCUGGUUCUAUGAAUUACCAGAAUCAUCAAUUAUCGGCUCCUCAAGACAUAGUCAAUGCGUUUGCUUCAUUUUUCAAUUCGGCUUUCAUUGUUUCUUCCAACUACCAGCAUGAAGAAUCCUCCGACAUCUCAUUCACACAGUCUCUGGCUAUUCCCGAGAUAACUGAGGACGAUGUACUUAGAUCCCUCAAAAAAUGUAAAGCAAAUAUGACUUCGGGUCCAGAUGGGAUUCCAUCUUUCCUGUUGAAAGACUGCGCGAUUAUUCUGGCUAGACCUUUAACCCUUAUUUUUAGAUUAUCUCUUUCUGUGCAAUGUUUUCCUAUAAUUUGGAGGGAAGGUAGAGUCAGCCCUGUUUUUAUAAAAGAUGACAAAAAUAAGGUCGAAAACUAUAGACCUAUUGUUAUUCUGAGCAACUUCAGUAAAGUAUUCGAGAGAUUACUUUAUGAUAUUGUUUACGGUCACGUGAAAUGUCGAAUCUCGGAUUUUCAACAUGGAUUCAUUAAAGGUCGCUCAACCAUCACGAACUUGACAUGUAUAACUCAGUACAUCACUUCUGCUUUAGACGAUUCUUCUCAAGUUGAUGUAAUUUAUACAGACUUCUCUAAAGCGUUUGACCGACUAGACCAUGAUGGUACAUCCGUGCAAGCCAGUUCCACGAUGAAGAUAACAUCAAUGUCGCCCGAUAUUUCUGCAGGUACCGUCCGUGGGUCUACUGCUGAGCCUACGACUGUGAUCGCAGCGCCACGGAUUGUCGACUCGUCGGCGAUUUCCAAAAAUCCGCAACCCGUGAAUCGGAAUGAUGAAGGAACUUGGAAAUCUGUCUCGAAGGCUAAAAAUAAAUGGACUGUGACUGGUUCAGCCACAGGGAUGACCGUUAAAGCAUCACAAAAAAAGAUAUCUCUGUUCGUUUCUAGAAUACAUCCCCAGACAUCUUUGAAGGAUUUUACGGAAAUGGUUAGUAUGAACUUUAAAGCUCAAUGCGAAUGUUUGAAGUCCAAGCAUCCCGAAAAUUAUUUAUCAUUCAAGGUUAUUAUCAACGAAUGUGAUCUGGACAAGGCUAAGGUGGUGACGAACUGGCCGGAGGGUACUUUGGUUAUGAAGUUUUUUCAGAGGAGUGGCAAGAGGAUAGAACCAAGUUAA